CCUUGCUUAGUAAAAACCAAUCUACAAACUCUUUAUUGGUUAAAAGUUGCUAGCUCCGACGAAAAAUCAAACUUCGUAAUGGUUCCAAACCUAAAGGAACUUGGGAUUUACAUUGAAGGACAAUUGGUGCCUAGCCAUCUAGGGAGCCUUGUGCAUUUACAUCUACUUGAGAAGUUGAAGUUUGAAGUAGGAAGGGUCGAGCGCUUUUGUCUUCCAACAGGUUUUCCACCAAACCUUAAGAAGUUGACACUUCGUUAUAUUUAUCUUCCAUGGAAGGAGAUGGGCACAAUUGGCAAGUUGCCACACCUUGAGGUGCUUAAACUAAAAGAUUUCGCCUUUUGUGGCCCAACGUGGAAACCAUCGAAGCAGGGCUUUCGGGAAUUAAAGGCACUUCUUAUUUCACGGUCAAAUCUCGAACAUUGGAAUGCAAGUCCUAAUCAUUUCCCAGUUUUGGAGCGCCUUGUCUUAAGAUAUUGUUGGGAAUUGAAACAAGUUCCUAUUAAUUUUGCAAAAAUUGGAACACUGAAUUUAAUUGUAUUAGAAUGUUUUUAUUAUUCUCUUGUGACUUCUGCAACGCAGAUUUCUUCUGCAAAAAGCAGAACAUUAAAGGGAAAGGCAGAUUGUCCACUUCGUGUUCGUAAAGUUGGAACUAAGGUUGAAUUGCCUAUUAUUGAAAGAUCUAAAGAAGAAAGUGUCGAAAGCUCUGAAGAAGAAAGUGUCGAAAGCUCUAAAGAAGAAAGUGUUGAAAGCUCUAAAGAAGAAAUAUUGAAAGCUGAUAAGAGUGUGAUGAAAUAUCUGAAGAAGUUAUUCUGGUGAAUGCAUUGAAGAAGAAAGUGCAGUGACUGAGGAAAUAUUAUUCUGAUGUGUUGCAAUUGAAUUUGAACUUCUCUUUAUGUUUCAGCUUAUAAGUUCAUGGCUGAAGUUUAUUAAUGAAUAAGUUCUCCGGUCUGUUGCCUAGCUUUCAUGAGUUGAUGCACUGGCUAAUGUUGAUAAAUUUAGCCACUUGUCCAGUCCAAUCCAGAUUGGUGGUGAUUUGUCUCUUUGGUUGGGAGAAAACAAACAGAAUGUAUUUUUGGUUUUCAUUUGAUCUAAACAAUUUCA